CAGUCAACAUUUCUAACGAACAUCGUCUCCUGCAUUGCUAUUCGCUUCCCAAAUCAUCGACGAGAAGAUGAGGAUCACGCAGAUCUUAUUAUCUCUGCUAAUAAUUUCACUCUCUUCAAUCUCCGAUGUCUCCUCCGAUCAGAUCUUCCCAGCUCAUCUAGUGGGAACAUUCAGCCGAAACAAUCGUGAACCAAAGUACACCAUCGAGUAUCUCCCCGAAGAUGCACCUUUCCACCCGGGUGAUAAUCUGGAAUCUAUGGUGAUGCUUGACAAGCAAGGACGCAGAUUCUUAUGUUUCUUACCAAAGGAGGAAGAAUCUCCUACCGGAUGGACCUCUACGCAGCAGAACAUCAGCACUGUGUUGAUGGAAACCGAUAAACAGCUCAAGAUCAAGACUCCUGACGAGCUGCUUCAGCCACUCAACGACCAAUGCCUUCUCAGGCAAGAGGGUUGGUGGUCCUAUGAGUUUUGUCAUCUGGGGUCAGUAAGGCAGCUACACGUUGAGGAUGUCAAUAAGAUUGUGCAAGAGUUUUCCUUGGGUAAGUAUGACCCAGAGGCAACUGCUGCUUUUAAUCAAAAUGUGUCUCAUGCUUCUACUAUGAAAGAGAGGUAUCACUCUCAUAUAUUCACCAAUGGGACCACCUGUGAUCUUACAGGAACGCCUCGAGAAGUCGAGGUGAGGUUUGUUUGCGCAGAAACCAGGGCAAUGGUCACUUCGAUCACCGAGCUAUCCACUUGCAAGUACGCUCUGACUGUUCAGUGUCCGACCUUGUGCAAGCAUCCGCUGUUUCAGCUAGAGAAACCAGUGUCACACACGAUCCACUGCAAUUUGAUUCCGCAGGAAGAAGACACAACAAGAAACGAGGAGGAACGAGUAGUAGGCGAAUCACCUAAGGUUGCUGAUUCUUGAAAACCGCUUAAGUGAAUCACAGGAGUAACAGUUAAUACAGUAACUAUAUAUAAGAGCUUAGUAUAUUAUCCAGUGUUGGUGUGUUUACUCGAUGAAGUGUUCAUGCUUAUAAACCUGUUUUGAUGAAUAAUGAAUGAGAUGAAUUUAUUGCAAGUUUUA